AUGUCGCUCUCGCUCGCGCUGCCCUCGACCUCGCUCGCCUCGACGCGGCCGGUGUCCAAGGUGGUCGUCUCCCCGCUGCCGCUCGCGGCGAUGCUCGACCACCACCUUCGCCGCUCGUCGUCGCAGGACCGCGUGCUCGGCACCUUGCUCGGUGUCCGCCACGAAGCCUCGAACGAGAUCGAAGUACGCUCCUCGUUCGGCGUCCCUUACCAAGCCCAGGGCAAAGGCUCGAUCACGAUCGACAUGGACCACCACAAGGCCCUGCUCGACCUCCACCACAAGGUCAACGCUCGCGAAGUCGUCGUAGGAUGGUACGCGACCCACCCCACGCUCAACUCGUUCUCGGCCUUGAUCCACAACUUUUACGGCUCCGAAUCGUCCCCCUUCCCCGCCGUUCAUCUCGUCUUGGAUCCUCAAACGUUGGCCUUCGCCAGUUACGUCUCGACUCCCGUGGGAACGACCCAGAGAGCCGAUCAAGUCGCUUUCGUUCCCGUCCCUACCGAACUACGCGUUCACGCCCAAGAACGACCCGGCAUCGAAUUGUUGACGUCCAACUUGACCUCUCCCAAAUCAAGUGUCGCCGUCGCCGUCGCCGCCGCAUCCUCCUCCUCCUCCUCCUCCUCCGUCGACCCUACCGACGCCUCAACAACGAUCGCCCCAACGACCCCACUCGCGACCCUACUGACCCUCCUCGAAAAAGUUUCCGUCAUGCUCGACUCGGUGCUCUCCUACGUCCACCAAGUCAACCUCGGCGAAAUCAAAGCUGACGAAAGGGUCGCAAGAGCUUUAUUGGAAACGGUAGGCAGCGUACCCGUCACCGCCGCCGUCACAACAACGAGUUCGUCGAAAUCGUCAGCGUCGAUCACGAACGCGAAUGUGAAUCCGAAUGCGAAUGCGAAUAACGUAACGACGAGCUUCGAGGAUGAGUUCAAUGCCCAUCUGGCGGAUGUUUUGAUGGUACGUUCAGGUUUCAGUUUUUGGGGGGAGGGACCGUGCUACGCUUGGGGCACGAGGGAAGCGCACUUUCGUAUCAUCCUCAUCACCUGAUCCGCUAAACCCGAUACCCCACCCCUUUCCCCACCUUUACACUCCACCAGGUCUCCUACCUCGCCAACGUCGUCCAAACCCAAACCGAAAUCUCAUCGAGGCUGAACCUACUCGUUUAA